GGUAGAGACAGCAGAGUUUCCUUUUUCUAAUAUCUAUGCUUUUUCUGGGGAAUUUCCCAGGGGAUUCCCUGUCGGACGACUUCUCAAUAUUGCUGUACCAUUGUAAAGAACUUGUCACUAAGCUUUGACGUUGAAUUUUGACUAGUACGUCAGUUAGACGCGAGACUGAGCUCCUAGAAAAGAUGUCGCGUGUCUUAAUAAAAAGCGAUCUCUUGACAGAAAACAACAAGGAUAAUAUAGAGAAGUACGUGUGUCCUAAAUGUGACGGGAUCCUUAGAGACGCCGUGCAAACCAGCUGUGGCCAUUGGCUGUGCAAUGAUUGUGCUGAAGAGAUAUUUGACAAAAAAGAAACAACUCCAUGUUGUCCAAGAACAGAAUGUGGAGAAGAACUUACUACUGAAGAAGGAAGACCAUUCUUUCUUGAUCGAUUCGUUCGUAAAGAGAUCAAUCGUUUCUCUAUAAUGUGUCCUAAUUGUAAAUUUGGAUGUGACUGGAAUGGUAAAAUUAGCGAAUUUUAUGCGGAACAUCUCGGGAGCUGUGUCUAUGAGAAAGAAGAGUGCCCUCAUUGUAAAAAGGGCUUAUCUUUAUCUGAGUACCAGUCACACGUUAAUCAAUGUCUUACAGAAUAUGAACAAUCAAGUGGUCGUCCAAUCAUACAAGGAUCUCGUUCUUUUGGCUACUUGCCUGAAGAACAUACUUAUUGCGCUGCAACUGCACUUGAUGAAAUGGCACUCAAACAAUCACAAUGCUGCCUUGGACUAGAUCAGGGCUCCUGUGUUCAAGAUCUCAAUGACUCAUCAUCAGUUUCAUCACUUAGGGCCGAAAUCCCGUCUCAAAUUCACAGCUGUACUGCUAUAUACACCAACACUGAUGGACCAGGUCCUAUAGGAAGUGACUUGGUUUCUUUGGAAGACAGUGCAGGAGGAGGAUAUGGAGAUAUGCGAGGAGGAAGAGUUGAUGGCAAACUGAUGAGUUUAGCAAUGACAAAGAUAACAGAAAUGCAAGCAGAAUCGACAAAGAAGGACAGCCAAAUACACGCUCUACAAGAUAAAAUGGCCCAACUGGAGACAACACUCUCUACUAUGAUGUCUGAGAAUGAAGAUCAAGCUUUCCGACUUUCCCUAAUAGAAAAUAGUAAUUUUGAUGGCUCUAUGGUCUGGAAGAUACCUCAGUUCUCUCAGCGUAUGGAUGAUGCCAGGACUGGGAAGUACACUUCAAUAUUUUCUCCUCCAUUCUACUCCAGUCGCAAUGGAUACAAGAUAUGUCUUUGCCUUUACAUCCUGGGGGAUGGUAUAGGAAAGGGCACUCAUAUGUCUUUGUUCUUUGUUCUGAUGAAAGGAGAAUUUGAUAACAUACUCCAGUGGCCAUUCACACACAAGGUUACCUUCAAGCUAAUCAACCAGUGCGGCGCUCGUGACAUCAUGGACAUAUUCCAACCUGAUCCAUUGAGUUCUUCAUUCCAGAAGCCAAGAUCCGAUAUGAACGUUGCCAGUGGAUGCCCUCGUUUUGUGUCAAUGAAUGAACUAAUGCAAGGUGGAUUUAUUGUUGAUGAUACGAUAUUCAUAAAGGUCAAAGUGGACACUGCUACCAUGCGUGAUCCAUGAUAGCAUGACAGCAUCGAGAUCUUUACACCAGUUGUGAUAAUUGCACUGCUACCUACAUAGCUAAAUCACUGUUCACCAUCCUGCUGUGUUAUAAUGAAGCGGUUGAUUUACAGUGGAUCAACUAGUCAUUAUUUUUGGUCUUGCAUAGUGUGAUGUGUGUGGUUGAGGUACUACCGUAUAGUAGGAAAUUUUGGACGGAGUAAAAUUUGGCAAAUUGCUGGUGAUUGGCCCAGAUUUUAUAAAUGCCAGUUUGCCAAAUUUAAUUCCCUCCAAAAUUUCCCACUAUACGGUACGCUAUCCUCCCAUGCAUUGAGUGUGGUUGGGGAUGAGAUAUGCAAGACUAGUCACCAUUAUGGUUUGGCUAGUUGUAAAUCUUUGCUUUCAUUAUAACACAGCAGAAUUGUGGGCAGUGAAGGGGUUUUUGUAGUGACCAG